GUUUUAAAUGUGAAGGCCUGCACGUUCAGCGACUUUUCCGCAGCUCUGUAUCUUUUAAGGCGACCGACUUUCGUCAUUUCGCGUCAUCCUCCGGCCUACAUCAGCGAUUUUUCCGAGGUACCGUCCGUUGAAGGUCCCGGGGCUCGCCCGUAUGCGAGUCUGGAGGAGCAGCAGCCAUUCAACUCUGCUCAUCCUCUUCGAGUCGGCCGCAUUUGCACAAGAUGCUCUGUCCACGCUGCUCUGGAGGAACUGGCAGAGGCGGUAGUUCGCGUGGCUGCAGAUGACGCCGCCUUCGAGGCUGGCGGAUAG